AUGGCUAAGGAAAGCCCUGUUAAAUCCAAGAGAAGAUCACCCAAUUCCAAACUUAGGAAUAAUUCAGCUGUGAAUGCUCCAACGUCAGACAUCGAUUCAACAGAUGGGCACUCUGUUUUUGGAAGCACAAGCCUGGAAAGAAACAGAAAAAGAUUUGUAGGAGUUCGACAGAGGCCAUCAGGGAGAUGGGUUGCAGAGAUAAAAGACACCAUUCAAAAGAUCAGGCUUUGGCUGGGCACAUAUGACACAGCAGAAGAUGCAGCUCGGGCUUAUGAUGAAGCUGCCUGUAUGCUUAGGGGCAAAAAUACAAGAACCAAUUUUUGGCCAUCUCCUUCCCCUGAAGCCCAUGGAACUUCUGCCCUGCCUUCCAGGACUGCCCGUCGGCUUCUGCUCAGGCUCAAGGAUGUCAAUGCGCGAAACAGUACUGCUUCCACCAUGAUUGCUAACGAUUGUUCUUCAGAACAAAAUGGUCUUUGUGAUAAGUUUCUGGAAGCAGAAAUCGAGGCAGAAGAAGAUUUUAAAAGAUCAGAGCAAUUUCUCAGCUCUCCUUCAGGUGAGCCCAAUUACAGUAUUGGUAAAGAUGAGUUUUUGGGCACCAGUAAUUCUAUGGUGGAAACCCAGCUUCACAGUAAUGGUGAUUUUUUGGAUCGAAGCCCAGAAAGCAUAACUGCUGUUACAGAUAAAGGUAGCCCUUAUUUUACUUCCAGUUCUGUUUUUGUGAAUAGCUACCAACCUACUCCUAGAACUCUUAAAUCUGUCGAUACAGAUAUGAAUUUCUCUGUAAAUGGUGUCCAUAGUUGUCUGGAUUUGGCUGGAGUUGAUGAAUUAGCAAGUGGGUACUCUCCUUUCACCAUUGCUGCAGGACUUGAGAAUCAAAACUAUAAGAAUAUGGCUUACAAUUUCAUGGAGGGAGAAUCAUAUGACUGUGUGGAAGCCAUGUCUGAAGAAGAGAAUUCAUCUCUGUUUCGGGAGUAUGUUAAGCGAAAUAUGUAUGAAAGAAAAAUCUCUGCUUCGCUGUACGCCAUGAGUGGGAUUUCUGACUACUUUCAGUAUGCCAGAGAUUUUGCAGAGUCGCCAAAUUUAGUUGGGGAUUUUAGAUGUGGAGGUGGUGAUGAAAUCUUUGUGAGGCCAUCUGAGAUGGUGAGCCCUGAGUUAUCAUCCCCUUCUUCUUCAUCAUUUUGUGAUGGUGAACAAGAUAGCCUGGAAAUGUUGUGGAAUUCAUUGGAAUUGCCUCCCAUUUGUAUUGUCAACUGA